AUGACAGAUCAUAGCGUUCUUAAUAGCGCUGAUUCUUAUGCCGUAGCCUGGAUUGCAGCUCUCUCUAUCGAACGAGCCGCUGCCGAGGCGAUGCUCGAUGAGGUGCAUACAACUCCGGCAGGAUUUAUUAAACACCAAGCCGACGCGAACAUUUAUACAUGGGGUCGUGUGGGAGAGCAUAACGUCGUAAUUGCCUGCCUUGCCGCCGGAAUGUAUGGAACAACGUCGGCUGCGGCCACGGCGUCGAGCUUGCUUGCCUCUUUGCCAUCCAUCCGAAUUGGCCUUUUCGUAGGCAUAGGUGGAGGUAUUGCUCGACCCGCAGAGAACCACGAUAUUCGACUUGGUGAUAUCGCCGUUAGUCAACCUGAUGGAACCACGGGCGGCGUCUGCCAAUACGACUUGAUGAAAGCAAAGGCGGGUGACAACCGUGAACUAAAGGGUUUCCUAGGGCGACCGCCGACAGUCCUCCUAAAUGCGCUUACCAAAAUCCAAGCUGCCCACGAGAUGGAGGAUGCCAAAGUUCCCUUCUUCCUCCGCGAGAUGUUGGAAAAGUACCCAAAAAUGGGCAGGAGCUCUAGGCAAAAUGCUGGCUAUUCUCACCAAGGUGUUGAGAAUGACCGCCUCUUUAACAGUUCAUUCGACCACAUCGCCGGUCCAGACUGUCGCGGCUGCGAUACGACAUAUGAGGUUAAUCGGGAGGUCCGAGACACACGAGAUCCUGAUAUCCAUUACGGGAUCAUCGCAUCCGGCAACACGCUUGUCAAAGACGCCGCUACACGCGAUCGCAUUCUUGCUGGUAUUGGUGAGGGUUGUAUCUGCUUUGAGAUGGAAGCCGCUGGUCUGAUGAAUCACUUUCCCUGUCUUGUGAUCAGAGGAAUAUGCGACUAUGCCGAUUCUCACAAGAAUGACCGAUGGCAGCGCUACGCCUCGGCUACCGCUGCUGCGUAUGCCAAGGAGCUACUAGUGCAUGUGCCCGCUGUAGAGGUUCACGAGACUAGGGCGGCGUUUGAAGUACUCCAAUCAAGUUGGUUUCUUAUUCCAUCCAUUUGGGCUUCGCAGUUACAAGAGAGGGAGAUUGUUGAAUUUGGAGUAUACCCUAACCAUAAGUAG